UAUUCGAACUCGAGCGCGUAGAAAAGACCAUAUAAAAAAUAGAUCCGAAUAUACUGCAUAUGCAGAAAAGAAGCAUACGUUUCAAAGAGCAAGAGAAAAAGAGAAAGAGAUACAUACAAAGAGGAGCAAAGUGCAGAAGGUGCAACUGAAACGAUCCGUCUCGGGAGCCGUCUGGCUUCCUUCAAAUUACGCAUACCUACGGUGUUUACGUCAAGUUACGUUUUACGUUCGAUCUGCGACGGGGCUGCUCGACGUCGAUUCGUCGCGUCCGUCACCGGCCAUCCGAAAAUCCUUCGCCAAAUAGCACCAAGAUGCCUACAGCCAGUACAGCCAAGAAAAGUAAAGAAGACGCAAACAAAGAAGCCUACAGUAUAGAUGCCUCGCAAGAAGCCAAAUCUUUCUUAGAGAAAAUCAUGGGUGACGUGAGCAAAUCUUCAGCGACCAAACAGAUUAUCAUUGGCAGCACGUCGGGAUGGGUAACUGGAUUCAUCACUAUGAAAAUCGGGAAGGUGGCGGCCUGCGCGGUCGGCGGUGGGAUUAUCAUGCUGCAAAUCGCUGCGCAGCAGGGUUACAUAAAAGUUAAUUGGGAUAAGGUCAUGAGUAAAGCUGAGAAAAUAACGGAUAAGGUGGAGGAGAAGAUUACCGGCGAAGGGCCAAAUUUCAUGGAUAAGGUUGAGAGAUUCGUCGAUAAAAAAGCGGAUAAAGCCGAGCGACUGGUGAAACGGGGGAAGACUCGCGCGCAACGCUGGUACCACAUGUUGACCGGCGGCGAGGACUGCUUCCAGCCGACGGAAUUCCAUUUCUUUCUCAUCUCGUACGCAGCGGGUGUCGCGCUCGGUAUCGGCACCGCUAACUAGGUAAUAAGUUGCUGCACUCUGAAUGCAACCAAGAGGAAGAUCGACAUCCACGUAGCGUCGAAAGACAUCACCGUUAUCGACGCGCACGACAGCAUCGUCGACGAGUACAACAAUACAAUCAUGGAAGAGGUAAGGAACAAGAUCAACAUGCUGAAGAAAUGGGUGGCGCGAACUACGCUUAAUAAUCCUAGAUAAAUAGCUUUAUUUUUUAAGUCUGCCGCUGAUGUUAGCGAUGAGUAAAACUUAUUCAUGUACUGCAGAACCGCUAAUAUUGUUCCUUCUUUAUAAAAUGAGAAUAGAUAAUGAAACAGAUCGUCAAUCUUUCUGCAACAAUUGCUUCAGAAUUAACAAAUAGAAUAAAUUCACUCAUCGCUAUCUUCUCUAGAGUUAAUAUAUCAAACAGAUGAAAGUCCCUAAUGUUUUUUUUUUUUUCGAUGUUUGAGAUUUAAAAAAAAAAUGAAUUGAUUUAUACCAGUAAAAUUUAUUGAAAUUUUAUAGAUAUUGCUUUAAUGUAUUGGUCAUUUUACAUUCUAUCCUGUAAUUUUGCGCGCGGUUUAGAAUAUUUAUUACGAGAAGUAAUUUUAGAAUCUCGAUAAUUUGAUUGAUCAUUUGCACAGAACAUGUGUGCGAAUCAAAAUAUAUAUAACGUGUGCACAUGAAAUAAGAGAUUUCUUGUUCGUUCAGAAUGCAGCAAGAAAUUAGUCAUUCUAGGAUGUAAACAUUAGACUAAUAUAUUGUAUACUACUUAUAUUUAUAGAUCUUAAUAUUGUCUAUAAUACAAAUUAUGUAAUGAUAUUCAAAUGCAAAUUUAACAACUUUCAAUCAUUUAGCAAUGAUUUAACAAUAGAAACUGAAAUUUAACCUUACGAAAUAUGUAUGAAAGCAUUAUUAUAUUAUUUCCAAAUGUAUGCUAAGAAAUGUUUAUGCUAAAAGUAUUGUGUUUGAAAAGUACUUAAAGAUAAUAAAAAAUUUUUUUAUUAUAACCAAUUUAGAAAUUAAUACUAAGUUAAUGUCAUCGAAUAAAAGUGAAUGAUGGAACAAAUAAAUAUAUACACGCUUUGAAACAAUAAAUUAUGUAUAUAUACGA